AUGGUAGAUUAUAUUUUCACGGUUUCAACAUUCGUUUCCGUUAUAUUAAUCUUGAUUCCUCUAGGAUUUCAUAUUCAAUUAAGAAAUUCAGGAGCAAUAUUGAUGACAAUGUGGAUAUCGAUAACAAAUUUUAUUUUGUUUGUGAACUCGAUUCUUUGGGCAGACGAUCUAGAAGAUAAAGCUCCUACCUGGUGUUAUAUAACGCCGCCCAUUUAUGUAGCAGCCCAUGUUGGAUUAAUGGCUUCUAUUACCUGCAUGAUUUAUAAUUUAUAUAGCUAUGUGGAAUAUCCAACAAUCAUCACCGAGGUGUACAAAAGAAGGCAAAUAUACACUGAAUUAUUCAUAUCGAUAGUAAUGCCAUUUGUUCUUACUGCGUUAGGAUAUUUAGUAUUUAAAAACAAAUAUAGUAUAAGACCUAUAUUAGGCUGUUUCUUACACGCUCAUAGUCGUUGGCUUUACAUUUUAUUACUUGGUAUUUGGCCUGUUAUAAUCUCUGGAAUUGGAUGUUAUUUGGCUGCAAGGACAUCUUACACUAUUUUAAAAAAAAGAUUAGAAAUUCAAGCGUUAUUAACAUAUUGUGAAUCAGGAUUAAAUGCAUCAAGAUUUUACCGAUUGGUGCUAUUUUGCAUUACAUUUUUAAUCCUAGCAUUACCAGCAACAUUGCUUACAGUGUUAGGUAAUUUGAAUAAUGGUCUGCUUCCGUACGAUUUCUAUGAAGUACAUAAAAAUUGGAAUACAAUUAUGCGUUUUACUGCUGAAACAGGCGGCCUUUCAGUAUUAGAUUAUGCAAAACCUUUAACUGGAUUAUUUGUAUUUUUGUUCUUUGGGACCGGUCAAGAUGCUAUGAACAGUUAUCGUAAAUUUGGACUUUCAAUAAAAUUAGACAAAAUAUUCCCAUGUUGUUUCCGGGAAAGAACUAUAUCACCGACGGAUACUGUUAAUUCAUCAUAUAAUAAUACAAUAGUGGCAUCUACCCCAACAUCUUAUAGAUCACAUUUUUAUGAACGUAAUGAUGAUAAUCUAAAUCAUAUAGAUGAUUUAUUGGCGGUUUAUCCACCUGACAUAGCAAUUUCAAGAAGUCAUAAUAGUAAUAUUGGUGAGGAAGAUUAUAAUAAUAACAAUGCAAAUUAUCAUAGAGAAUCCGGAAUCGAUAAUCUACCUGGAACAUCAUCAGAUACUUUUGAUAUUGAGAAUGUUUUUCCUGCUCAA